UUGGCAUAAUGUUCACGUGAUUUCAUAGUAAACUGAAAGCAUGCUUGUUCGAAACCGACAAAAAUAUCUUGUCAAAUGUUGAUACGUGCUGUACAAAAUGGCAGUUAGUUUAAGUGAAUCAGAGAAAACUUAUAUUAUUCAGAAUAUUCAGGAUGAUCUUAGGAGUGAUGGACGUAGUUGUUUAGAUUACCGAUUUAUUGAAAUUGAAACUGAUGUUAUAUCCAGUUGUAAUGGAUCGUCACACGUUCGUUUAGCAAAUAGUGAUAUUUUAGUUGGUGUGAAAGUAGAAUUAGAUGAGCCUGAUCCAGCAAAACCAAAUGAAGGAAGAAUAAAAAUUUUUGUAGAUUGUUCUGCAAAUGCUGAUCCAGAAUUUGAAGGAAGAGGAGGAGAGGAUAUAGCUGAUGAUAUAGGUAUGAUACUUGGUCAGGCAUAUUCCAGUCCACAAUGUUUGGAUUUAAAAUCUCUUUGUGUAAUACCUGGACAACAAGUUUGGAUUCUUUAUGUUGAUAUAGUAAUUUUACAAUGUGGAGGAAGUUUAUUGGAUGCUGCUUCUAUGGCUGUAAAGGCAGCUUUGUUUAAUACAAAAAUUCCAUCUCUUGUUAUAAAUUAUGAAACUGAAGGAAAAGCAGAAAUUGAUGUUACAGAGGAUCCAUUUGAUGUAAAAUCAUUGGAUACUUCAAAUAUUCCUUGUCUUGUGACAUUGUGCAGAGUAGGUCAUCAAUUUAUAGUUGAUGCCACUCAAGAGGAAGAAGAAUGCUGUGUUGCCAAAUUAGUUAUGGCAGUUUCUGAAUCUGGGACAUUAACUGCAGUCAGAAAAUGUGGUCCAGGAAGUCUGCAUCCUGAAAGUAUUUUAGAUAUUUUAGAGACUGGAAAGGAAAUAGGAAUAAUGUUAAAUGAAAAGGAGCUGGAAAAAAAGCAUGUGCUAUGUUCCUGCUGCCUGUAAAUAUGUUCUGUAUUGUUAAAAAAAAUAUUUAACUAUUAAAAUAAUAAUGUAUCUCCAAGAAUUAGCACCUGUGCCCAAGUGGUUUAAAGUACAGCUUUAUGAUAUAAAUGUUCUUGGAAAU